CAAAACUACUUCGACUGUAAAUGUAUAAAGUUAAGUGCACUAUUUAUGCGAGUACACGUUAUCAAGAAAAUAUCUGCGCAUUGCAAUGGAAUGAUUAAUUUCUUGUACGUGUUUUACGAAAACGAAGAGUCGAAUUUUGUUUACGAUACUUUAAAAAUAACUUAGUGGGCACGUUGAUUGUACAACGAUCAAUUAAAAAAUCAAUUAAAAAAGUGAUUGGAAUACGACUGGAUCAAAAGUUUAUUAAAACAGAAGUGAAAUGCUUUCCUAUGAUGAGGAACGAGUUCCGCUUGUAUCACGAGUAAAAAAACGAUGGAUACCGACACGAGUUCUCAUCUGCGUAAUGACGUUCACGGCCUGUUGGACCAAUUACGUGUGUCGUUUGCAAAUGCCGAUACUCGCCGUUCCAAUGAUCAAAGCCGUAGCAAAGCCAAACGUUACGGAGGGCGUUUGUCGAUCGUCCGACGAGUUCCGAGUUCGCCGCGCAGUUUCUUGGUUGGAUCCGGGCGCCGACUUGGAUAACUACAUUCUGUCGAGGCAGAUCGAAGCCGCGGAAUAUGAAAUGAUUGCCAAGAUGCACAGCGUUCGUGUGCGCAGGAAUGACGUCGAGCAGGUGACGCGUCCAUCGGAUGGCCCCAUAGAGCUGUUCAAUGGUCUACCUUUCGACUGGAGGCCGGAGAUCCGCGGUCAAUUGAUCGCUGCGUACAGCUACGGGAACGUUCCUGGUAACUUCAUCGGUGGUGUGAUGGCCGUCAAAUGGGGCCCUAAGAACGCGGUUCUAUGGACGUCUAUAGUAGCCGCUGUGGUGUCACUGAUCAGUCCGAUCCUUGCCCAGUUUCACUGGGGAGUGCUUCUGUUCUCGAGAAUAAUUAUAGGCCUUACCGGUGGAAUAACGUUUCCAGCGUGUCACGCCUUGGUCGCGCAAUGGGCACCACCGAACGAGAGGGCUCGUUUCGUUUGGUCGUUGCUCGGUGGCACGUUCGGUACAAUCCUUACGUAUCCGAUGGUCGCUGGUAUCGCGGAGAGCACGAACUGGGAGACCGGAUGGUACAUUCCGUCGUUGCUAAUGAUGGUCUGGAUAGUCGUCUGGGCAAUAGUUGCGUAUGACUCUCCUAUAGAGCAUCCUGGUAUCACGGAAGAAGAAAGGGAGUACAUAAAAAGCGCGCAGGCAGGCACAGUGAGGAAAGAGAAACCUUCGUUGAAAGAAACACCGAUCAAGGAGAUAUUCACCUCGAUACCUUUCCUCAGCUUGCUCAUCUGCCACUUCGGGAAUAUGUUCCUUUUGUUCUUCUAUCAAAACGUCAUGAUGCUUUACUUGACAAGAGCUUUAGGAUUUGAACUGACGAAGGGAGGUUUCGCUGCUAGCCUACCUUGGGGUUGCAGGAUGCUGUUCGGGUUUUUCUUCAGCUGGGCUGGCGACACGCUCAAAAGGAAGGAGAUCAUCUCUGUUACCCUUAUACGUAAAGGCGCUACGACAUUCUCUCAUCUUCUACCGGGCGUCUUCCUCCUUUUAGUCGGAUACGUUGGAUGUAAUUUCGUCCUCGCUAAUGUCUUCCUCGUGCUGGCUCUGGGUUUCAAUGGGGCAGCGAGUAUUGCGAACUUGUCCAACAAUCAAGAUCUGUCGCCAAAUUUCGCCGGUUUUCUAUACGGUAUCAUGAACACAGCCGGUUGCGCUUCUGGCAUAAUUAUUUCUCCGAUGGUCGAAGAAAUAGCUGGAAAAUACGGAGAUCCUAUCGACAGAUGGCAAAUAUUAUUUUGGAUCAGUUCGGCGGUGUGCAUAACUUCCAUGAUCGUUUUUCUUUUCGGGGGAAGCGGGAGGACCCAAAGCUGGAACGAGAUUCGAAGCAGGCCCGAUACAGAACUUGAGGCGAAUUGAUUAUUUUUAGGAUUUUUACAAUUUUAUUAACAUUGGACGUUUCUGUGAAAUAUGUAAUGAAAAGAAAUUAUACUUAAAAUUUCACUAUCUAACUUAUAAUCGCGUUUUACAAUAUCUUUAAGGCAUUGACAAACCAAAAAAAGAAAAUUAUUGUGACCCGGAAAUAUUGUAAAUAUUUUAAAGGUCCCUUUAUAAUAAUUGUUAUCGCACGUUUUAUUAGAAUUUCAAAUGAAUGUUU